AUGGCUGGUGGUCACUGCGGCACCGGUGCUGACCCGACCUGCAUUGAGAACGGUUAUGGAUACAUUCCUAGUCGAUCCGCCACCACCAUCAUGGUGGUUUUCUUCUCGAUCUCAACCAUUGUACAUAUGGGCCAAGCUACCGUUCGUAAACAGUGGUAUCUCUUCCCCACUGCCAUCCUUUGUGGAAUUCUUGAAAUUCUUGGAUGGGCAUACCGGUUGAAGUCGCACUUCGAACCUUUCGCGAAGGAUCCCUUCAAGAUCCAAACGAUUGCCACGAUCCUUGGGCCUACACCCCUCCUUGCAGCCAACUUCGUUAUUUUCGGAAACAUCAUCCGGGCUCUCGGGACAGACUACAGUCGUAUCACUCCGAAAUGGUACACCAUCAUCUUCUGCGGCUGUGACCUUAUCUCCCUCUUUGUGCAGGGUGGUGGUGGAGGCGUGGCCGCGAGCUCCGGGGGAGACCUUGAGAUUGCAAACCGAGGAGCCAACAUCAUGCUCGGCGGUAUCAUUUUCCAACUCGUCGCGAUCGUUGCCUACUCCUGCCUUUGCACAGAAUAUCUCAUCCGAUAUACCAAGAAACGACCCAUUGCAAGGAUUAAUCAAACUCACAAAGACUACAGCUCGAGGGGAGAACUGACGAAGAAGCUCAAGCUCAUGCUUUUAGGUCUGAUUUUGAACUUGACGUUCUUGUUUAUUCGAGCGAUCUACCGAGUCGCGGAGCUGUCGGAAGGAUGGACGGGAAGAAUCAUCAAAACUGAAGUGUACUUCAACUGGCUCGACGGUGCUAUGAUUGUCCUUGCCAUGUAUGCCUUCAACUUCUUCCAUCCCGGCUGGCUUCUUUUCUCCCGCACCACCUACAAGAACUACAAAGAAUACAAAACGGCCCCACUCGAAAACAAGAGCAACAUUGCCAUGAUUAACUACAAUCAUAACAACGUCGAACGACAGGUCGCAUAA